GUUAUAGAGAAAGCCCAGUCUAAGUCGUCUAGUAGUAAGAUUAAACAGAGUGAUCCUAUGUUAGCUUCAACAUGUAGUGCUUGUACAUUAUACCAAACUGCACUAUCUACACUCUCACAGUUAAAAAUGGACAUACUUGCAGGGCUCAGUUGUCAUGACGUUUUACUACCUGCUUUAUGGAUGUUUAUUUCCGGACUUGGCCAGAAUUGUGGCUUGAAAGUGUUUUUGGAGACACUCAGUUCCCAACCUAAUAAUACAGACCAUGUGCUGUUCCAGUUACUUAUCCUGUUUUGUGAUUGUGCAAGCCAUCUAAUCAUACUGUUAGAUGACUCAGAGCUGUAUGAACAAGAGAAACCAUUUGCUUUGAAAGACAUCCUUUCCAUGAGUACAUUCCUAAAUCAGCUGCUCUUCAAAGUCAUUUGGUAUGGUCUGUUAGAUAUUAAAACAGCUGCCGGUAAUGAUGUUUUUAUAUCCUGCCACAGUUUACUUAUGAUCUUAUAUGAGAGAGAUUCACGGAGGUCUUACACCCAACCAAACCACUGGCUUAUCAAGGAUAUCAGGUCAAAGGAUUUUAUGCUUGAACUAGAGAAAGGUCGAAAAAUCUCCACUUUUCUCCUCCAGAGGGUGCCACAUGUCAUACCACAUCGGGAGAGAGUUAUGUUGUUCAGAAGAAAUGUUGCUCAAGAGAAGGAUGCCCUGGGGUUAAAUCCCUCUGCAUGUGCCUCACCUCAGUCAACUCUUAUCACAGUGCACAGGGCCAGGAUAAUAGAGGAUGGUUAUCGCCAACUAGCAGCUAUACCAGGUGGCGCUUUAAAAGGUGUGAUCAGGGUAAAGUUUGUUAAUGAGCAGGGAUUGGACGAGGCAGGUAUUGACCAAGAUGGUGUAUUUAAAGAGUUCCUUGAAGAAACUAUCGCCAAAGUGUUUGACCCUUCGCUUAACCUAUUUAAGGUGACAAGUGAGCAGAAACUUUACCCUUCUCCCACAUCAUUCAUAUGCCAAGAGAACCAUUUAGCUCUGUUUGAGUUUGUUGGUAGAAUGUUGGGCAAAGCUGUAUACGAGGGAAUCGUAGUUGACGUUCCUUUUGCUAAUUUCUUCUUGACGCAAAUCUUGAACCAACAACGAGGCUCCAAUUACACCACCUAUAGUUCAAUAGAUGAACUACCAUCGCUAGAUCCAGAAUUGUAUAAAAGUUUAACUUAUGUGAAGCACUAUGACGGGGAUAUAAGUGACUUAGAACUGAGUUUUUCCUGUGAUGAGGAUAUGAUGGGCCAAUUGGUUACACAUGAGUUAAAACCUGGAGGCAAAGCUAUGCCUGUAACCAAUGAAAACAAGAUCAGCUAUGUACAUCUAAUGGCCCAUUUCCGCAUGCGGGUCCAGAUCCGAGAUCAGACUAAUGCAUUCAUUCGGGGCUUCAAAUCUGUAGUGAACACUGAUUGGCUGACGAUGUUCUCAACCCCUGAGCUACAGAAACUGAUAUCGGGAGAUAACGAGAACUUUGACUGGGAGGACCUCAGAAAACACACCCAGUACUAUGGUGGGUUCCACAGCAGUCAUCGAGUGGUUACUUGGCUAUGGGACAUUCUCCAGAAGGACUUCACACAAGAUGAGAAAAAAUUAUUUCUUAAGUUUGUGACCAGCUGCUCUAAGCCACCAUUGCUAGGAUUUGCCCACCUUGAGCCACCUUUCUCUAUAAGAUGUGUAGAGGUCUCUGAUGAUCAGGACCAAGGAGAUACAGUAGGCAGUGUACUAAAGGGAUUCUUCAACAUUAGAAAGAAAGAUCCAGUGGGCAGACUACCAACCUCGUCCACCUGCUUUAACCUCCUGAAGCUACCCAACUACCAGAAAAAGAGCACAUUAAAGGAGAAACUACGCUAUGCCAUCAAUAGUAACACUGGAUUUGAGUUGUCAUAGUACCAUUUGUUCCCAUGGUGAUCAAUUUCAUAGUUGUUAUGGUAUCAUAUCAGGAUCAAUUAUUUUGAGUUGUCAAACUGAUUGAUUGUUUGCUGCCAUAGUGAUUGAUGUUACAGUUGUUAUAGCAUCAUAUUUGAAAGAAUUGGUUUGAGUUGUCAUAGCGAUUGUUGACAGGUGACUGCUGUUAUAGCUA